AUGAAUGAAUUACUUGCGAUAAUAAUCAUUGUGGUCGUGUGCUGUGCCAUGUUUAUCGCUUGGUUAGCCUCGAUGGCGACAUGUCCAGAUCGAAUGGUCAACUUGAUUAGUGGAUCGAAAUCAUCCGAGUACUCAUCUGCAUAUGAUAGUAAGGAAUUGAUUGUGUCGAAUGAUCGCAGUCAAACCGAUUUGCUGAUUGAACAUAAGUCGUCCGUAUGCCUCCAACUGAACAAUUCACGCAGGCUUUAUAGCUCUAAAAAGCUCAGUUUAGUACCAGAAGCUGAUGAACAGGUAAUGCACUUGAACACUUUUUUACUAACGAGUAAUAAUUUCUAA